AUGUGCAAACAUCUGACUAGUAGUUUGAGUGGAGCUUUUAGCCCAUACCCUUCUGUGACCCUGACCUCUCUUGCACUGCUGACACUAGAACGAGUAAACCUGUCUGCAGCUCAGACACUGAGAGCAGCUUUCAUUAAGGCUGAAAAAGAAAAUCCAGGACUCACGCAAGACAUCAUUAUGAAAAUUUUAGAGAAAAAAAGUGUAGAAGUUAACUUCACAGAGUCCCUUCUUCGAAUGGCAGCUGAUGAUGUAGAAGAGUAUAUGAUUGAACGACCAGAGCCAGAAUUCCAGGACCUAAACGAAAAGGCACGAGCACUUAAACAAAUUCUCAGUAAGAUCCCAGAUGAGAUCAAUGACCGAGUGAGGUUUCUGCAGACAAUCAAGUAA